AUGGAUAAGGCAACCAUAGUUUCAAGUUUAUGUUUUCCGAACUACAUAAAUUUUUGUUCAAAAAAUAAUGAGCUAUAUAAAUUGUUGUUCAAAAAAUAAUGAGCUAUAUAAAUUUUUGUUCAAAAAAUAAAGAGCUAUAUAAAAUGUUGUUCUAAAAAUAAUGAGCUAUAUAAAUUGUUGUUCAAAAAAUAGUAAGUUAUAUAAAUAAUUGUCCAAAAAGUAAUGAGCCCCAAAAAUAAUUGUUCAAAAAGUAAUGAGCUAUGGAAAAAAAAUCUAAAAGGACAUUUUCCAGGUCGAAGAGUACGAGAAAAAGACCAAGAUUGUAUUCGAAAACUGUAUCAAACAAAAAUCGGACGAAGCGUAUGUUCACCAAGGCGGCAAGACCAUUCUCAGCUACUUUGACUAUUUCAAAAACCUACCGUACUACCGGUUCACAACCUUAGGCAUAUACGGUAAUUUGCCAAGAAAUCAACCCACCGUUAUUGGUACCUUCCUGGGUCUGUUGGAGCGAGAACUCGGACUUUCCAUUCUAUUGUCGCCAAAUGUCAAUACGAACUGGAAACGACCUCGAGUGUCGCCUGGAAUACAUACCAAACCGUAUUUACUCUACUUGGACCAGCCGACAUUGAUCAUGCCUGAUACCUACUACAAGGUCAUGCCUAACGAAACAGAAGAACUCUUCAAAAGCAUGGCCACUUUCAACACGUACUAUUUGGGCUCGUUGAUGAAUGUCAGCACUGAUUAUGAGGCCAUUGAACGGGCGGUCGAUAAAGCGUGGAAAAUUGAGAAAUACAUCGCUGAUAAGGUGUUGGUUGGCGCUGAAGAGAAGAGGAAAUACGAGAGGUAAACAUAUUUUGUCAUUUUAGCAUUUUUUAACGUAAUUUAAAGUUUAAAAAAAUUAAUAAGUCAAAAAAAAUAUUCUCCCCCAAAAAAAAUAUUUUUAAAAAAUUACCCCGCCCAAAUUUUUUUUGCAUUGUUUAUCAUUUGUUAUCGUAGCUUGAAGUAUUAACAAAAAAAUUAAAAACGCACCCCCAAAAAAAUAUUUUAAAAAAUUGACCCCGCCCAAAAAAACAUUUUUUUUGGAAAUAGCUAUUUAGUACUGCACUUGAAGACAAAAAAAUGACUGCUCUACUACACAACAACUUACACUGCACUAUCAUUGAAAAAAACAUUUUUUUAUUUCAGAGCCUACAACAUCUACACCACUCAAUCAGCAAAUGACAAAUUCACAUUCCUCAACUUCGAGAGCUACUUGGAGCAAGCGGUGGCUGGUACGAAAGCCGACUCUUUGGCUAAAGAAAAAGAUUUUGAGUUCAACAUCAAUGAAGUUCAAGCUUUAAGGGUACUUAACAACUAUUUGAAAACCUUAUCAUACGAUGACUUGAUGAACUACAUCAAUUUCAGAAUUGUUAUUGCUGUUGACAAACUUUUCCCCAGGCAAUGUUUGCAAAACAAUGACAAAACUGACAUUUUUGACCUGAAUAAUAACAAUAUGUCCCUUCUUAACGAAAAAUUGUGCCAAAAAGCCCAGAUCCAAUCUGAAAUGGCAGCCUUUGCCAACACCCGCCCCGGGUUCCAAAUUGGUCUACCCCGCCACCCUCUACCAUUCCCGUUCCCAGAACCCACGCCCAAGAUUAGUACUCAAGCUGAUGGUCAGUACGACUUUGCGUGUGCCUACAGUACGGCUUUUAAGCUCAGUUCAGCUACUACUCGAAUCUAUAUUGAUCAAGUGUUACCUACAAAAGAGAAGAGACGAGAAGUCAAGAGUAAAGUGGCGUUGUUGGUCAAUAAUGUCAUCGAUGGCUUCCAGGUGACUUUUUUUUUGAUUUUGUCGUUUCUACUACUGUAAUACGUUGUAAAAUUUAUGUUAUUUAAGAAAAAUCAAUAAUAUUGCAAAAUGUCAAAAAAUAUAAAAAUCAAUAUAGAAAAGUUAUGUUUGAAUGUAAUAAACCUUAUCAGCGUAUUUUACUAAAUUUUUUAAAAUUUUUUACAAAAUGUUGCGAAACGUCAAAAAUAUAAAAAAUCGAUAAUAUUGCAAAAUGUCACAAAUAGUCAAAUCAACAUAAAAAAAUCGAUUUUAUCAUUUAUAUUGACAACCUACGUAUUUUAACAAAUUCUUAAAUUUUUUUUAAAUGUUGCGAAGUAUCACAAACUUUAUCAAUUUUUCAAAAAAGUCUUUUUUUAACCAUUAAAAAACCCGAAGAGGGCGAUGAAAAAACUAAGAAUAAGAUGAAUAUUUUUAGUACCAACUAGACCGUUUGGACUGGAUGAGCACAGAAACCAAAAAGAAUGCUUAUGAGAAAAUCAACUACUUGGUGAAGAAUAUCGUUUAUCCAGAAUGGGUCGAGGACAAUAACAAAUUGAAUGCAAUUUACAAGGAGUUGGAUGUUGACGGUAAGAAAUUUCCAAUGUAGCCCUAGAUCUAUCCGAGCGUCUUAGUCCGUACCCAAUACCCCAUACCCCAUACCCCAUACCCCAUACCCCAUACCCUAGCCCAGAGCCUUAUAUACCAAAGCCCUAGCUCAAAGUUUAACCUUAGCGUUAGCUCUACCUCUUGCUCUAAACAUACUGUAUAUUUUACUAUAGUAAAAACAUUUUUAUACUUUUCAGAAUCCCAAAGCUACGCAGAAUUCACAGCAGCCAUGAAUUCCUUCAGCCGUCAACAAGACUACGAUCUUCUAGUGUCUGAAUCUUCAGUAGAACGUGACGACUUCCUCAUGUCAAUGGCUAUCGUUAAUGCUUGGUAUCAACCGGAAGUAAACUCAAUUACUAUCCCCUAUGGUAUUCUACAAGCUCCAUUCUUUCACCCAGACUAUCCGGCUGCCGCUAACUUGGGUGCAAUUGGAGUCAUCGCUGGGCAUGAACUUACUCACGGCUUCGACGACGAAGGUGUUCAGUACGAUGGAGUUGGAGCGUUGCGUACUUGGAUGGACUCUGAAUCCAAGAAGAGUUUUGAAUCUAUGGCCAAGUGCGUUAUUGACCAGUACAGUGGCUUCGAACCAUACCCUGGCCUACAUCUGGACGGUAGUAAUACUCAAGGGGAGAACAUUGCUGACAACGGCGGGCUACGAGCUGCCUUCAACGCUCUCGCAUCGUACGAAUCCUUCUACGGUCCAGAUCCGUCGCUUCCGGAUUCCAAGUUUGGUGGAUUCACAAAUCAGCAGCUCUUCUUCUUGAGUUAUGCUAGGGCGUGGUGUGAGAUCCCCCCAUCCAAAGAAGAUAUACAAAAAAAAAAAUUUUACUCGACCCACACUCACCAUCGAAGUACCGUGUUAUCGGUGGAAUCCAAAACUUCCCAGCCUUUAGAGACGCUUUCAAUUGUCCUGCCAAAACCGAAUAUGCUCCAGAAUCCCACUGCAACGUAUGGGCUUCAGAAGUCAACGAUAAAGAAGGCGUUCCAGAAGUCCCAGAAGCUGUUGUUGAUGUCAAGAUUCAACCAUUGAAGCCUAAUGCUACAGAAAGUUACAACAAAGUAGCAAAGGUAUUGGAGAGUACGAUGAAUUUAGAUAAAGCACCGUGUGAUGACUUCUAUGGCUACACUUGCCAAGCCAAGAAUACUGUUGAUAAACUGGCCGAGGCUGAAGAUGUCGUUGAUGAAGCAGUUUGGACCUACUUGAAGAGCAAGAAAUUUGAUGAAAAAGUAAAAUAUAAUUUUAAAAAUGAUUGACUGGUCGGAAAAUAUGUUGAAAAGUCAAAAAAGUUAAUUUUAGUAUAAAUUUUUUUUCGACCGGUCGUUAAUUUUUUUCAAAAAAAUUUUUUUUUACGUUUUUGAACUGUAAAACAUUUUUUGGCCAGUAAAUAACUUUUUUCAAUUUUUAAUUUUUUUUCGACUGGUCGAUAAUUUUUUUUUUAAUUUUCCAACAUUUUUCAACUUUUCAUACCUAACUCACUAAAAGUCACUUUCAGACCGAUCUCACAGUAGCCUAUCAAUUCCUAGAAAACUGUGAAAACGAUCAAGAUAACGGUCGAUCAGUUGAUACAGCCAUCCGUGAGAUUGAAACAAUCCUUAACGUUGAAGUCAACUUUACUGAAAACUCCGGCUUAUCAGUACCAACAGCAAAAUGGGCCGAACUGGGUCAUUUCCUAGCUUAUAAAUAUGACUUGGACUUGUUCUUCAGACUUUCUGUUCGGCCAAAUUUAAAGAAGGAAGAGAAUACCAAGCCAUACCGGCUUUACUUCGAACAACCAGACCUUUUCCUGAAGCCUGAGAUCUACAAUUCAAACUGGGAGUCCGCUAUCUUCACCGACCUUUAUGGUUAUGUUGGUACUGUGGCUAAGUCAGUAUUUGGAGUUGAUAGUACUAGUAUGAGAAAUGUCAUUAAGGCCUUGCAAGUUGAGUAUAGCCUGGUUUCUGGUUUGUACAAAAACAAUGACAUUACAGUAGACCGACAUGAGCUUUAUACUGUAGGCGAAAUCAUCAAUGAGUACCAAAAUUUGGAGCUACUGAACUACUUGAACAACGCCGCUUCUAAUGAAGGAACUUUUGUUGACGGUUUUCUGGGUUUCUUUAACAACUACCGUACUCAAGUUGUCAAUUCUGCACCAAAAUACUUGAAAAGCAUCGAUGAGUAUCUUGGUACAAUUGAUUCUUAUGCUACUAGAGACUUGGUUAACUACGUUGCACUGAGAGUUAUGAUGAAGUUACAUAGAUUUGUGCCUGGAGAAGAGCCUAAAAUCUCUGAGAAUCUAAGAAAAUCUCUAGCUGAUGAACUUACCGUACCUGCAGUACUAACAUCAACCACAAACUUGAUGGAUACUAAAAUUACGAAGCCUGAAGAAGUUACUAAAGAUGCCCGAAAGCCCUUGACAAAGUCAUCAAAACGUUGCCUAAAAGAGCUGCACCACUUCCUGCCGGCACAAUAUACCACGGCCGCCACAAUUGGUCUAUAUGGUACAGAAGAGAACGCUGUUAAACAACAACGUGAUAUUGCCAAGAUUGCUGACCAUGUGUUUGAGGAAUUCGAAAAACAACUCGACAGUAUUGCCUGGAUGCCACUUGCAACAAGACAAGCUGCUGUAAACAAAGUUCGUGGAGUUGCUAGAAAUUAUGGUAUUCCAACCGCCUUUUCACCCACUGACAAGGUGUACCAAGGGCAGUCUGAUGCUAAGUUGGAUCAGCAAAUGCUGAAGCAGAUGGUCAUUGAGAACAACCAAAAGUCGGCUAAAGUUGAUGAACAUGGAGCCGUAAAAACUGCUCUGAAUGUGUCGUCGACUAACUACUUGGCUAAAAAGAAGGCUCUUAGUCUGGCUUAUACUGUACUGAACAAUGACUGGCUCACGGAAGAAGAGUUUACUCAAAAAAACCAAAAGAAUUUGCUCAGGGGUAUCAAGGAUGCUAUGGGUAAUGUCAUCAAAAGCCCUCCACAAGAAGUACCAAUCGAUGUUGUGCUUAUCCGUUCAGCCGAUGCUACAAAGACUUCUGAUACUGUUGCAAAACCUCAAGUUAGAUCAGAAGCACAAAAAGUAUCAUCUUCAUCAUCAACCGAACGACGUCGUUACAUACUGGAAUGGGUCGAAGCUAACGCAGUGAAGAAGGUAUCGAUGUACCAAAACUUAUUAGACACUACUAAAGCCCAAAGAGAUUUGUUUAUUACCUACGACCAACGCCAAUCAACUCCAGCAGCUGCUCAUAAUCAUGAUCUCAACUCUAUCUCACUAUCCCUGGCUACAUUCCAAGCUCCCUUCUAUGACAAAAACUACCCCAUGGCCUGGAACUUUGCUACAGUAGGAACAUUGGUGGCUGAACAAUUGGCUAAACUGUUCGAUUCGACUGGACUUCAACAUGAUGAGCUUGGCCAGCUUAAUGAAUGGAUGGAUGUGCCUAGUCAAGAUAUUGUUAAGAUCACUUUGGACAAGCUAACCAAGCAGUACAUAGAUGUUAAGUUAGAUGUAGUAUCUGAAUCUAAAGCCCUGGCCAGUACUCUUGGCGUGAAGCUAGCCUAUCAAGGUUUAGUCAGCUGGAAUGAGUAUAAUGGAGAACAAUCCGCAUUGAUCCACCCCUUGUUCAAACACUACAAUUCUGAACAACUUUUCUUCAUUGUGUACUCGCAACAACACUGUAAUAGCAUCAAUAUUCUUCAAAAAACUUCUUCAGCACCAGAAGAACCGAACGUAGACCAAACAGUACCAUUGGUCUAUAGUUUAGUCAAUGGUGGUAACUUCCAACACGUUUUCUCGUGCUCAGCCAAAGCACGAUACAACCCCGGCUCCAGAAUCGCGGUGUACGAAAGCGGCGUUGAUGGCUUCGUUGGUGUACCAAACCUACCACAACAUGAAUCCGACUUGAAUAUUGAAAAACCGGUUGUAUCGUACAGUGAAAAGUUCCAAGAAUGCGCCGAAGCUUUCGAGGAUUCUGUAGAUACUACAGCCGACCCAUGUAGCGACUUCUACCAGUAUACAUGCGGUAAUUAUCAUGCCAGUAGUUCGUUUGCUGAUGCUGAUAUUGGCAAUCAAAUUCGGUUGAUCAAUGGCAUAAGAGACAUAGAUAAGGAAGAUCGACCGGUUGUUCAGUUGGAGAAAAUGCUGUUCCAGCAGUGCAAGCAAGGGCUACCCAAGUUUGAUGAGCUUAACAGUGAUGGCAAGGUGUUAAAGACUAUUGUUAAUGAUUUAGAACAAUUUAUUGGUCAAAAAUUCCCGCUAGCCAAUGGAAAUCAGAUGGCACAGCCGCUAACUCCAGCUCAAAUUGGAAAGGCGUUAGGGUACUUAAGUGGAGCUCAAGGAAUUGGAGCGCUAGUUGAUACCAUGGUCUACAGUAAUGUCAGGGCUCCGGAAAAAGGUUACAGUAUCUACAUUGACGUCGGUUAUUAUCAGUUGGCUGAUUUUCUUGAUUUUCCUGAUGAUUUGGUGAUCCACGUUAUUUCAUACCAUAUUCAAAGGUAUCUGAAUGCCACGAUGAAGGUUGAUGAUGAAUUAGUAGCCAAGAUUCUAGAAGAAGCCAAAGCUUUUAUUGAAAUUGAAAAAACGUUGAUAGCAUCAUCGAAUCCGAGUGAUAUUGAUAAUAGAAAUGCUUCACAAAGGUACACACACAUCACCUUGAAGGAGUUGAUUCAAGACUACCCAAAGAGCAUUGACUUCCGAAGCUUCAUGGAAGGCAUGGUCGCGGAAGUGCCUGAAGCCAAAGCAAAGGUCACUGACGACAACUUUGAUGUAGGCCUGUUUGAUCCACAAGACUUUGAAAGCUUCUGGAAUGCCUUUGACAAACUUAUUAAAGGUGGGGGUCUGAAACCUCAAAAUCUGCUUAACUACCUUUUCUACCGUGUCAUCGUGCAACGGAAGGGCCAGUUCUUGCCAUUACCUAAAGGACCGUUGGCCGCUGCCAAUAUUAAGUCAACAAAAAGAGUUUAUGAAAAUUUGAAAUGGGAGAGAAAGCUGCCAAAGAUUGAUGGUAUCAAGUAUCCAGAAUCCGACAUACCAUUGGAAGAUACGGUACAAGGCAAGGCAAAUGCUGUAACUCAACUAGAAGCCUCUUGUCUUGACUUACUGUCAGGUUACAUGCAAGAAGCCACCAAUGCCAUGUAUGUUGAUGUUACUUAUCCGGAUAAGGAGAAGAGGACACAGGAUCGACUGGGUGUAGCCAGAUUCGCGGAUUCUAUUAUGGUCGGAUUCAGAACUAUGUUGGAUCAACUGGCUUGGAUGAGACCGGAGUCUAAGGAGGUAAGGAGGUUUUUUGAAAUUGAAAAAAAUAGACCGGUAGGGCUAACUUUACAGUUAGGGCUAAACUUAGAGUUAAAGCUAGGUCUAGAGCUAGAUCUAAACCUAGAGCUGGGCCUAGAGCUAGAGGUAAAGCUAGGGCAAGGGCUCUGAGCUAAGGUUCUUGGCAGGGCUAAAGAUAUGGCAAAAGCUAGUGUUAGGGACGGAACGCUCUAGACUAAGACUGUUAACUAGGGUUAGGUGGGCUAGGGCUCAUGGCUCAGACUAGGACUCGCGCUAGGGUUCUGGGAUAGGGCUCUGAGCUAAGGCCCUUCGCAGGGCUAAAGACAUGACGAAAGCUUGUGUUAGGGCCAGAACGCUCUAGACUAAGACUGUUAACUAGGGUUAACCGGGCUAGAGCUCAUGGCUUAGAAUAAGACUAGCGCUAGGGUUCUGGGAUAAGUCUCUAAGGCUUCUGGCUCUGUGCAAACGCUUCGGCUAGAACUAGGACAAGAAGUACGUCAAACUUAAGCUAGGGUUAGGCGAAAGCUAGGCUAAAGCUAAACCAGAGCUAGGUUAGAAUUAGGUUAAAGUUAGAGUACCCAGCUAGAGCUAGGUUAGAGAUAGGCUAAAACUGAGGUUAGGCUAGGGUUCUGGGCUAAGACUAUGGGCGAAGGCUCUGGGCUAGGGUUCUGAGCUAGGGUCCCGGACUAGGGCUCUGGACUAGGGCUCUAAACCAGCUGUGGGACAAGAAUUAAAUAAUUUUGAAUAUUUUUAGACCGCUUACAAAAAAAUUGACCUAUUAGUGAAGAACAUUGCCUACCCCAACAUGUCCGUGGAUGAUACUGAACUCGAAAAGUAUCACAAAGAGCUACUGAACAGUGAUCUUACAGAAGGUAAUAUUGCCUGGACAAUCUUCGCUCUGAUCAAGUUCAAUAUGAAGAAGGCAGUAAGCGAGUUGACCCGAGAUGUGUAUGAUCGUGCUACCUUUGGAAAAGCCUACCGACUGAACGCUUGGUACCAGCCGGCUGCUAAUUCGAUCACCCUGCCUGGCAGUAUUCUACAACAACCCUUUUAUGACGCCGAAUGGCCUGAUGCUGUCAACUUUGGAUCGAUCGGUGCCGUGGCUGGUCACGAAUUGGUUCAUGGCUUUGGUAAGUACUACGAUUUUAAUACUUUAGUACUUAGAAGACCCAGCAUACGGCAGAGCUUACUCUACAACAGGACUUGGGGUACGGUAGGAUCUAGGAUAUAGUAGGGUUUAUAGGAAAGUGAAGCCUAGAUUAGCUAGAGCCAACAGUGCGGUAGAAUCUAGAGUACGGUAGGAUUUAGGGUAAGGUAGGGCCUAGGGUCCAGUAGAACCUAAGGUACGGUAAGGCUUAGGGUACGGUAGAGCCUAGAGUACGAUAGGGCCUAAGGUACGAUAGGGCUUAGGGUACGGUAAGGCAUAAGGUACGGUAGGGCCUAGGGUACGGUAGAGCAUAGGGUACUGUAGUGUCGAUGAUACAGUAAGUCUCAGGGCACGGUAGGACCUAGGCUACGGUAGAGCCUAGGGUACGGUAGGGCCUAGGGUACGGUAGGGCCUAGGGUACGGUAGGGCCUAGGGUACGGUAGGGCCUAGGGUACGGUAGGGCCUAGGGUACGGUAGAACUUGUGUACUGUAAAGCCUAGGAGUGUGGAAAGACCUAAGGGUCCGGCAGGGCAUAGGGCACGGUGGUAGAAUGCCGUUGCGAAAAGAAUCAGUGCUUUUGGUACUUUUGGUACACUUUUUUUCUAGGAAUAGCAGCUAGAGUUAGACCUAUAUUUAAACUAAAAUUUUAUCGUUUAAAGAUGACGGUGGAGUCCAAUGGGACCCAGUAGGACGUCUUCAUUCCUGGAUCGACGAGAAAUCUUUUAACAGUUUCAAAGAGAUGGCACAGUGCGUAAUCGACGAGUACGACGGCUUCUGCUACCCUGAUGGUGCUUGUGUAGACGGCCGGAAUACUCAAGGCGAGAACAUUGCCGACAACGGUGGAAUUCAAGCCGCUUACCGUGCCUACCGUAAUCAAGUUGGCGUAGCAGGACCAGACGCCGGACUGCCAAGCCAUUUGAUCGGUCGAUUCACCUUCGACCAGCUGUUCUUCUUAUCAUUUGGUCGAACAUGGUGCAAUGCUCCAAUGAGUAAGGAACGACGUAAACAGCUCCUGGCUGAUGUGCACUCGCCUCCCGAGUUCAGAGUGUUUGGAACGUUACAGAAUUUCCCAGCGUUCCGUGACGCCUUCAAUUGCCCGGCCCAGACGGCCUAUGCUCCGAAGGAACAUUGCAAAGUCUGGAUUAGUGAUAUUGAAGGAUGUAAGUGAUGAGAAUGAAGAAACGUUUUGUAAAGAAAGUUCUUGUUAUUUUUUGUUUUGUAAAGAAAGUUCUUGCCAUUUUCAGUAUUGUAAAGAAAGUUCUUGCCAUUUUUUGCUUUGGAAAGAAAGUUCUUGCCAUUUUUUGUUCCGUAAAGAAAGUUCUUGCAAUUUUACAUUUUGUAAAGAAAGUUCUUGCCACUUUUUGUUUCGUAAAGAAAGUUUUGGCCAUUUUUUGUCCUGUAAAGAAAGGUCUUCCCAUUUUUUGUUCUGUAAAGAAAGUUCUUGCCAUUUUAUCAAGAAAUGGCACAAAAUUUACUUUGUUAUAUUUGGUGUUUAUAACUUUAUCACAUUUCCAGCCCUAGCAGUACCAACCCCAAUUCCACCGAAGAAGAAGGCAGCUCGCGCCCAUUUCAAGGACAUUCGCCUCAACUCGACUGCCAUUCGAGCUUAA